GCGGCGGCCGCAGGAGGAGGAGGAGCGGGAGCGAGAGCCAGGAGGAGGAGCAGCAGCGGCGGGGGCUCCCCCUGCAGCCCGGCCGGGUUCCUGUGAUACACCUACCCCAAUGGUAUCAGCAUGUCUUCUGGGCUUGGUGAUAAAAAACAUUAGAAAACAAGACUAGCAUCUGUCAAAUGGGGUUCCCUCUCCAUUUCUCUCUACACACUUUUCCUUUCAGGGGAGAAGAAGCGAAGAAUAGUAUGAAAAGUGCAAAAUGUUUCAAAUUCCUGUUCAAAACCUUGAUAAUGUAAGGAAGGCUCGAAAAAAGGUGAAGGACAUUCUUGUGGAUCUUGGGCUUGACAGCUGCAGGGAAUUGUUGAAGAAUCUUAAAAGUUUUGAUGCAGGUGAAAACUACUUUUGUAACACUUCAUGGAGUGAUGUCUCUCCUUGGGAACCUGUGGGCAAAAGGAAGAGAUACAGAACAAAGCCGUACUGCUGUGGCUUGUGCAAGUUCUCAUCCAAAUUGCUUACUUCUUUCAAGAAUCACUUGCAUCGUUACCAUGAGGAUGAAAUGGACCAAGAGAUGGUGGUUUCUUGCCCAAAAUGUGCAUUUUCUUCUCGGCCCAGAGUAGUGGGAGAACACUACUGGAUGUUUCAUUCAUUUAAUAAACGAAUACAGAACUAUACAGUCAGCAUUUUGGAUGGCAUGAAACAGUUUAGAAGUGACAUCAUAAACUUCACGUGUCUAAAAUGUCAAUUCACAGACACCUUGUAUUACAAUAUGAAGAAACAUGUGCUGAUGAACCAUUUUGAAAACUUACUAAGUGCAUAUUUUGGCGAGAAAUGUGAUGAAAGUACACUGAAUUCAGUUGAGUUCUACUGUAAAAAAUGCAAUGCUCCUGCCAACAGCCCAGAUUCUUUAAUAUACCAUGUCUUGACAGCUGAAACACACAGAGACCUGGAGAACAAACUUCGAUCUCUGAUUUCGGAACACAUUAGGAAACCUGGACUUGUGAAACAAAUGCAUAUUGCUCCAAAGCCUGUCCCAGGUGUAGCAGCAGCUGCCCCAUCUACAGGGCCUCUUGUUGUCCCAGCAGGUUCUGUGAGAGCUCCAUCGUGCAUCCAGGUUGCAUUUCCACAGAAUAAUCAAAACCAGAGCAUGGUGCACACACAAGCAGUUCAGAACACAGUUGGACCAGUGACUGUCCCAAGUGCCUCUGGCAGCCUCCCAAAAACUGCCUGUGCUCCUGCUACUCCAUCCUCGCAGGUUGCUCUUGUGCCCAGCAAUCCUCCUGUGGCUCAGAACAACCUGGGUAUUCAGCCGUCACCUUCGCAGGCUGUCCUUGUUUCUCAUGGGCUCCGUCUUAAUCAUUCUGUUGGGAACAUAAAUAGAGCUGUGGCCCCUGCGGUUCUUCCUCUUAAUCAGCCCGUCAGGCCUGGGCUCUUUCCUGUUAAUCAAACAAUUGGGACUAUAAACAGUCUGGUUCCAGCUGGAACGCUCCCUGCUACUCAGCCUGUCGGCCCUGUGAAUCAACCAGUUGCUCCAGGAGUUCUGUCUGUUACCCAGUCUCUUGGGAACAUGAACAGACCUGUGGAUCCCAGGGUCCUUCCUGUGACGCAGACAGUUGGGUCCGGUCUUCUCCAGCUUAACCAGCCUCUUGCCCCUGGGGUGGUUCCUGUCAGACAGCCUGUUGGACCUGGGUUCCUUCAGCUUAAUCAACCUGUUGCGCCAGCGCUUAUCCCAGUAAAUCAGCCUGUUCAGCCUCCGGUUUCUCAAAGCACGGCUUUUUUGACUGCGGGCUCUAUAUUGAGGCAGUUGAUCCCCACUGGCAAGCAGGUUAAUGGGAUACCUACUUUCACACUGGCCCCCGUCUCUGUUACUUUGCCUGUACCUCCCGGUGGUGGAGUAGCGACCGUGACACCUCCACAGGUGCCCAUCCAGCUCGUGCAGACCGGGUCAGUGGCUCAGCUGUCCCAGUCGCCAGCCAAUGCUCCCUCUCCUCCUGUGGUUCUGACCUCUGACAAUGUAUCCUUGCAGACCUCCCCGCCUGCUCCUGAAACAAGCCAGGCUGUCAGACAGGCCAAACAGUGGAAGACCUGCCCUGUUUGCAAUGAGCUUUUCCCCUCAAAUGUCUACGAGGUGCACAUGGAGGUGGCCCACAAACCACUUGAAGUAAAAGUGGAAGCCCCAGAACCUCACAAACUUGCAGCUUGCGCAUCAUUUCUGAGGAUGACAGAAAAGGCGAUCCGGUGUAACGCUUGUAAGUGUUUUCUCUGUGAGGAGGAGCUCAUGAAGCAUAUCUUCAUGCAUGGCUUAUCUUGCUUGUUUUGCACAGGUACUUUCUAUGACUUAAAAAGCCUCGUGGAGCACAACAAAACUGCACACAAUGGGAGAAAGGAGUUGCAUGCGAGUUACAGGAACAGAGGAAUUCAGCUAGGUAAUGAUGCUCAGGGUGGCCUUUUGUUCCCACACUUUGAUUUCAACACAGUGCUACCAGAUGAAGACAUGGGUGAAAGAGAAGUACAUUUGGCAGUGCUUGUUGGAAUAUAUUCAACAGUUCUUGUCCCUGUUUACAUCAAAGUGAAACCUCAGACAGCACAAGUGAACAGGAGAUGCACCAGAAAAAUGUUCACCUGUCCCUUUUGCUUAGGUACGUUUGCUGGUAGAGAGACCUAUGAAAAGCAUUUGAAAGAGAGGCAUCAUAUAAUGCCGACUGUGCAUACGAUCUUAAAGUCUCCUGCUUUCAAGUGCAUCCACUGUUGUGGUGUGUACACUGGAAAUAUGACUCUGACAGCUAUUGCUGUACAUUUGCUCCGUUGUAGAAGUGCUCCCAAAGACAGCAACUCGAGCCUGAAGAUGCAGCUUGAGCGUACUGAGAGGAAAGAGCUGCUGUUUGUGAAUGGUGAGAAGCAUCUUUCUGUGGUACUGAAAAGAAAGCAAUCAGAUUCCUGCUUUGUUGCAGAAGACCAAAGGAAUAAGGAACAGCAGCCUCUGAGCUUAAGUACUGGCAUAGCUCUGUCUGCAGAGAAUGAAGUAAAUUCAGGGGUAGUGCCUUUUAAACGACAAAAGAUUAGGACUGAGUUGAGAAAACUUCCUUCUAGUGAGGAUCUCCGCUUUCUAGCAGUAGAUCCUAAUCGGUAUGAUCACAAUUCAUAUGAGGCACAGAAACAGUUUUUGUCAGACUACUUUCACAAGAGGCCAUAUCCUUCUAAAAAAGAGGUGGAAUUACUUUCCUUGCUGCUAUAUGCGUGGAAAAUUGAUGUUGCAUCAUUCUUUGGAAAAAUGAGAAAUACAUGCUUAAAGGCAAUAAAACAUCACAAACCAUCUGUGCUGCUGGGUUUCAGUAUGUCUGAACUGAAAAGCAUUAAGCACAGUUUGAAUUUAAAAGAUGGACCAUUGGAUAUGUAACCCAGCUUUUUAUAAUAGCUAAAAGCAAUCCAUAAUUGCAUACUUAUAAUUUAGCAGUUUAUUAUAUUGUUUGUUUUAAUUUGCAGACUGGCCUGUUGAAGGGUGCAGUAAUACAAAAAGUAUCGUUCACUUGUGACUGUUAUUGUGAAAGGCACACGUAGUUGUGUAUUUUAAAAGCUAAAACCUUCAGACUUAAACAUCUGGAAUUUGUUUUAGCUUUUUCCCUUUCCUGGGGGUAGUGUUGUGGGGAUUUUUUUUUUUUUUCUUGUUUGAUUUGGGGGUUUUUUUUGU